GAUGAUGAUAUGCUUGCAUGGAUUCUAAAUUCUGUUCUGUCAUUUUGUUUUUCAGGAUUUCGUAGGAAUGAAGAGAUGAAGGCAGUGGAAGUUUUGCCCAUUCUAAAGGAAAAAGUGGCCUUCUUGUCAGGGGGCAGGGACAGACGUGGCGGUCCAGUUUUAACAUUCCCAUCACGAACCAACCAUGACCGAAUACGACACGAGGAUCUCCGCAGACUCAUCGCCUACCUCGCCGGCAUCCCUAGCGAGGACGUGUGCAAACAUGGCUUCACGGUCAUCGUGGACAUGCGUGGCUCCAAAUGGGAUUCCAUCAAGCCUCUGCUGAAGAUCCUGCAGGAAUCGUUUCCCUGCUGCAUCCACGUCGCCCUCAUCAUCAAACCAGACAACUUCUGGCAAAAACAGAGGACCAACUUUGGCAGCUCCAAGUUUGAGUUUGAGACCACCAUGGUUUCCCUGGAGGGAUUAUCUAAGGUGGUGGACCCAUCCCAGUUGACGCCCGACUUCGAGGGCAGCCUGGACUACAACCACGAAGAGUGGAUUGAGAUCCGCGUGGCAUUUGAAGACUUCACGGGCAACGCUCGUCACCUUCUCGCCCGUCUGGAGGAGAUGCAAGAAACGGUCACACGUAAAGACUUCCCGCAGGACUUAGAGGGAGCCCGGCGCAUGAUAGAGGAGCAUGCAGCGCUGAAGAAGAGGGUGAUGAAGGCUCCUGUGGAGGAGGUGGACAGUGAGGGCCAGAGGCUGCUGCAAAGGAUUCAAAGCAGCGAGAGCUAUGCUAACCGAACUCUGCCAGUCCCGCCAGGGCAGAGAGAAGGGCAGGGACAGCCCAACGCAGACACCCAGGGCCUGGUGCCCCGUAUUUCAGCCCUACUGGACAAAUUGCACAGCACCAGGCAGAACCUGCAUCAGUCUUGGCACGUCCGCAAGCUGCAGUUGGACCAGUGCUUCCAACUCAGGCUUUUCGAGCAGGAUGCUGAAAAGAUGUUUGACUGGAUCAUGCACAACAAAGGGCUGUUUCUUGCUGGAUACACUGAGAUUGGCAACAACCACCCACAUGCCAUGGAGCUGCAGACCCAGCACAACCACUUUGCCAUGAACUGCAUGAAUGUUUACGUAAACAUAAACCGCAUCAUGUCGGUGGGGAACCGUCUGCUGGAGGCGGGCCACUACGCGUCUCAGCAGAUCAAACAGAUCUCAGGUCAGCUGGAGCAGGAGUGGAAAGCCUUCGCUGCUGCGCUGGACGAGAGGAGCGCCCUGCUGGAGAUGUCUGCUACUUUCCACCAGAAAUGUGACCAGUACAUGAGCAAUGUGGACUCAUGGUGUAAAGCAUGUGGGGAGGUGGAUCUGCCCUCUGAGCUACAGGACCUAGAAGACGCCAUCCACCAUCACCAAGGCCUGUAUGAGCAGAUCACCGCUGCCUACUCUGAGGUGAGCCAAGAUGGGAAAACCUUAUUGGACAAACUUCAGCGCCCCUUGACCCCUGGCAGCACUGAUUCGCUGACGGCUUCCGCCAAUUACUCCAAAGCUGUGCAUCAUGUUUUGGACAUUAUCCAUGAGGUUCUGCAUCACCAGAGGCAGCUGGAGAACAUCUGGCAGCACCGCAAGGUCCGGCUGCACCAGCGUCUGCAGCUGUGUGUAUUCCAGCAAGAUGUUCAGCAGGUUCUUGAUUGGAUUGAGAACCACGGUGAGGCGUUUCUCAGCAAACACACAGGAGUGGGGAAAUCUCUACAUCGCGCUCGAGCCCUGCAGAAACGCCAUGAAGACUUUGAGGAAGUUGCUCAGAAUACAUACACAAAUGCUGAUAAGCUGCUUGAAGCUGCAGAGCAGCUGGCCCAGACAGGUGAGUGUGACCCGGAGGAGAUCUAUCAGGCCGCCCAUCAGCUGGAGGACCGGAUCCAGGACUUUGUAAGGCGUGUGGAGCAGCGAAAAGUCUUGCUGGACAUGUCAGUGGCUUUCCACACCCAUGUUAAGGAGCUGUGGACGUGGCUGGAGGAGUUGCAGAAGGAAUUGUUGGACGAUGUGUAUGCCGAGUCAGUGGAGGCUGUUCAGGACCUGAUCAAGCGUUUCGGGCAGCAGCAGCAGACCACACUGCAAUUCACUGUAAAUGUCAUCAAAGAGGGAGAAGAUCUCAUUCAACAACUCAGAGACUCGGCCAUCUCCAGCAAUAAGACCCCUCACAACAGCUCCAUCAACCACAUCGAGAGCGUCCUGCAGCAGCUGGAUGAGGCUCAGGCUCAGAUGGAGGAGCUCUUCCAGGAGAGGAAGAUCAAACUGGAGCUUUUCCUUCAGCUCAGGAUCUUUGAGAGGGAUGCCAUUGAUAUUAUCUCCGAUCUGGACUCGUGGAAUGAGGAGCUGUCACAGCAGAUGAAUGACUUCGACACAGAGGACCUGACGCUGGCCGAACAGAGACUGCAGCAUCACGCUGAUAAAGCCCUGACCAUGAACAACCUGGCCUUCCACGUCAUCCACCAGGGCCAGGAACUGCUGCAGUACGUCAACGAGGUGCAGGCGUCUGGUGUCGAGUUGCUGUGUGACCGUGAUGUGGACAUGGCCACCCGUGUACAGGAUCUGCUGGAGUUUCUUCAUGAGAAACAACAAGAGCUGGACUUGGCCGCAGAGCAGCACCGCAGACACCUGGAGCAGUGUGUGCAACUGCGCCACCUACAGGCUGAGGUCAAACAGGUUCUGGGUUGGAUCCGUAAUGGCGAGUCGAUGCUGAAUGCAGGUCUGAUCACGGCCAGUUCACUUCAAGAAGCUGAGCAGCUGCAGAGAGAGCAUGAGCAGUUCCAGCAUGCUAUCGAGAAAACCCAUCAAAGCGCCCUACAGGUCCAGCAGAAAGCCGAGGUCCUGCUGCAGGCUAAUCACUACGACAUGGACAUGAUCCGAGACUGUGCUGAGAACGUGGCCUCCCACUGGCAGCAGCUCAUGCUGAAGAUGGAAGACCGGCUCAAGCUGGUCAACGCAUCCGUGGCCUUCUACAAGACCUCCGAACAGGUGUGCAGUGUGUUGGAGAGUCUAGAGCAGGAGUACAAGCGGGAGGAGGACUGGUGUGGAGGGGCGGACAAACUCGGGCCCAACUGCGAAACAGACCACGUCAGCCCAAUGAUCAGCAAGCAUCUGGAGCAGAAAGAGGCCUUCCUUAAGGCAUGUACGUUGGCCAGACGGAAUGCUGACGUGUUUCUGAAAUACAUGCACAGAAACAGUGUCAGCAUGCCAGGGAUGCUGAGUCACGUCAAAGCACCAGAGCAGCAGGUCAAAAAUAUCCUGAAUGAGUUACUGCAAAGGGAGAAUCGGGUCCUGCACUUCUGGACCAUGAGGAAGAGACGGCUGGACCAGUGUCAGCAGUAUGUGGUGUUUGAACGCAGUGCCAAACAGGUCUGAUGUCUUCUUCUUCCUCCA